GAAUGGUGUUGAGUUCCAUUAACAUUCCAGCUGUUGUUUUUCUGAAGGAGCUAUCCGGUCUUCUACGCAAGUAUUAUGAUCUGCGUGUGACAAUUAUCACUAGUGCACGAGUCCCAUUGGUUAAGCUUUACUCUGAAGGCAUCGCAGUGGACAUUGUUUUUGCAUCGACAGCCCUGCCGACACCCCCCACAACGGAGCAGCUACUAUGCGAUAAUUUUUUACUCUACGUUUCUAUAGAGAGCAGGCCAAGCGUCAACGGCAUCCGUACGGUACUGGAGAUCAAGCAAAGUCUCCCGGUCGACUAUGAUGUUUAUGUUACAACACUGAAGGCAGUUAAGCGGUGGGCGAUGAAGCGUCUCGUGUAUGGCAACUUAUUCACCUUCCCGAACGGCGUCACUCUAGCGAUAAUGGUUUGCUAUAUUUGUCAAACGUUUCCACACAAUUCACCUAGUUUUCUUUUUAGGUACUUUUUUAGCUACUUUGCAGAAUUCUUGCCCUCUCAUGUAUUUCCUUCUAUACCUAUAUUUAUCACACUAUCUCUUCAACAAAAAAAGAUCCGAAUUGACGGCAUACCUCGUUGCUGGAGUUCCAACCGUGCUUCAUGCAAGGAGGAGAUAUUCCCGGUUCUCAACCCUGCCUACCCGUAUGUGAAUGCCGCUCAUUCGGUUGGUCGAUGUGGUCUUCAGUACUUCUACGAUGAAAUUGUCCGAGCCCAACAACUCCUUUUCCUACAUCCCAAACGUAUCCCUAUGGACCAGAUUUGGGAGCCUUACAGUAUAUGCAAAAACUUUAGGCAGUUUGUUGCCAUACAUGUUAGUUGUAUUGCGAUGGUCGAAGAGGACUGUGAAAGUGCGCUCAACAUUUGGAAAGGGCUAAUAGAAAGCAAACUGCGUUUUUUCGUGUAUGCCAUAGAGCGCACAGUGGAUGUGCGGCCCUUUCCAAAAGUAUUUUCAUCGAGCUCAAAGCUUGACGACAGCCAAAAUGGAGCUCAUCUCAGAAAAUGUGUGUAUUUUUUUGCCGUGAAGCCGCGUGAGAGUGUCGAAAGCAGCAAAUUACAUUCUCUAUCUUUAGUGUCACAUGAUUUCGUAGCUAGUUGUUUUGCUGAGCUGAUUUUUGCAGUUCGUGAGGGUAUUAAUCCUUCACCUGGUGGACAGCUUCCAUAUCAGCCACAGAUUAUGGUGGAUCCAUCCUUUUCACUUCAUUGUGUAUCCGACGACAACUUCGUAAAUGAGUUUGGGGAUCAUUUGAAGUGAAGAAGUCGCACUUCCCUUCCAUUGGAUUGAUUUGUUCUAAAUACUAUAAACCCGAGAGGAAAAAAACCAUACCCGAGAAGAA